AGGACAUAGGAAUUUGGUGGGAAAACAAUGAGGGGUUAUUUUCGAGAACCGUUCUCCACUCGGGGGUGUUUCGGAACAAGUCGUCCAAAUCUCAGAAAACUGCACCUACUAGACUGGUUUUUUUAAAAUGUUUUUUUGUUUUGUGACCGGGUGCGACCGUGAUCCUUUUACUAUUUCAUUAUAACGCAUGCAGAAACAGACAAAACAAACGUUCAUUGUCACUAUCAAACUGCGGAGUGAGGGGAAUUUUGAGUAGGAGCUUUUCAUGAAAGAUUGGAAUUUGUGUUUAUUUUUUCCGUAUUCUUAAUCUCCAUAUUUUCCCACGUAGAUUGAUUGCAAAAAAAAUUCGAAAACUGGUUUUUAAAAAAACUCUAAUUUCACGUGAAUUGUUUUGUCAUAUUACUGCGUGAAAUUACUCUGAAAAAAAAUCUUUGCAGAAAGAUGGCAAUGAUAUCAAAUAAGGUGUGUGUAGCUUUUGGUUUAAUUGUAAUAAUACUAUUGCUUGGAUACACAUCAAUAAUAAAAAGGAGUCAAUUCACAGUCUCAAGAUUGAAAGAACCCAAGUACCAUGGUGAAACUAUUAAGAAUGUGACAGAAACUACCCAGAAGUUUGAUAAACCGAAGAUAAUUGCUGUUGCACAGGAUACAAAAGGACCCGAGAUAAGAACAGGCCUUCUCAAGGGUUACCAUGGUGAAACUAUUAAGAAUGUGACAGAAACUACCCAGAAGUUUGAUAAACCGAAGAUAAUUGCUGUUGCACAGGAUACAAAAGGACCCGAGAUAAGAACAGGCCUUCUCAAGGGUGAUAAUCUACGUUCAAGUGAGGAAACCUUUACCGCCAUUUACAGUAACCUUUCAAUAGACACUGCAAAUCUUUCCAAUGACAUCACAGUAUUGACUGCAUAUUUCAACAUCGGAGCCUUUGCAAAGGGAUCUGUCAGGAUUAAAUUUACACCUAGUAAUUAUUACGAAUGGAUGUCUGCAUAUGGCAAGAUGCGCAAUAAUCUAGUUGUUUAUACAGAUGAUGAACGAACAUACAAAACUUUUCAGAAGUUGAGGGGGAAUGUUUUCAAAGAACAAACCAAGUUAUUUUUUAUAAACAAGACAGAAUUGUUAUCAUUUCGGAUAGAAAAAAAUAUCUCUGAUAUAUUUAAACAACAGGGUUACCCAAAGCAUCUUCCCAAUACUGUUAUUCCCGAGUACUCUUGUGCCAUGCAUGCCAAAUAUGAAUUGCUUAACCGAAUCAUAAGAAAGAACUUUUUUCACACUAAAUACUUUAUGUGGUCAGAUAUUGGAUUAUUCCGAACACCUCAAAAUUCUUUAUUUAAAUUCGCACUACCUAAAAAUUUUGAUGAUACAAAAGUUGCCUUCAGCCGAGUAUAUGGUUUUAAUAGGAAUUCAGCAUACAAAGACAUUAUUUAUAAUAAUGCUGUGUGGCUUGCAGGUGGCUGUAGUCUUGGUAAAUAUGAUGUUUUGCUCAAAUUUACUCAAGAAUAUUUCAACUUUCUUCAUGAAGCUUUAUCCAUGAAGCUAGUGAGUACAGAUCAGCAAAUUAUAUAUGGGAUGUAUGUGGACAAACAAAAGCCUGUGACGAAGCUCCAACUUUAUGAAUCAGGUUGGUACGCAUUAAGCAAUACAUGUUAUGAAGCAGGAAAGGCACUAAUUUGAUUAAUAUCUUCCAUGCUUCAAAAAUAUGCAUGUAGUAAAACAAUACGCAAAAGAAUGUUUAGAAUCAUCAUUUUGUUAAGGAGCAUGUCACCUUAUGAUGAUAGCAUACUCUCUCUUUUACUCUCUUUUACUUGUUUCAGUCAUUUGACUGCGGCCAUGCUGCAGCACAGCCACUCCUGCGCCUAAUGUAAAUAUAUUUUGCUCAACUUUCCUUUCUUGCAUUCAUUUUGUUUCAUAUUUAACUAGCAGUAUCGCCCGGCGUUGCUCGGGUUUGU